UAUAGUAGUGUCACUGUUUUUAUUUCGAAUAACAAAGAUGUCUGGACGCGGAAAAACCGGCGGCAAAGCUAGAGCUAAGGCAAAGACUCGCUCAUCUCGCGCAGGAUUGCAGUUUCCGGUCGGCCGUGUCCACAGAUUGCUGAGGAAAGGUAACUAUGCUGAGCGCGUCGGUGCUGGUGCUCCAGUCUAUCUGGCAGCGGUGCUUGAGUAUCUGACUGCUGAGAUUCUGGAGUUGGCUGGAAACGCUGCCCGCGACAACAAGAAAACCAGAAUCAUCCCCCGUCACCUUCAGCUGGCCGUUCGAAACGACGAGGAGCUCAACAAGCUGCUGGGCGGAGUGACCAUCGCUCAGGGUGGCGUGCUUCCCAACAUUCAGGCCGUUCUGCUGCCUAAAAAGACCGAGAAGCCCGCCAAGGCCAAGUAAAGCUUCAAUACCACAACACAACGGCUCUUUUCAGAGCCACCCACAUCUUUUCAAGAGCUCACUUCCUCAAACUCCUAAGCAGCUACAUACUGACUUAAGUUUUUUAUUUUUAUUUUUUAAUGAACAUUUAUAAUUACUUGGAAUACCAAAUCUUGAAUUAUUAAACUAAUAUGGUUUCUCAAUGCCUGAUAAGUCAUGUUACAUAGUUUCCUUUCAAAAUACAAAAUUUCACAAUAUGGCAAUUAAAAUAUGUACCAUGUAAAAUCUACUAUACAGGAUUAAAAAAAUCAUAGGAAAAAUGUAGAUUGCUCGGGUUUAUCCUUUCAAUUAGUGCAGAUUCUAUUAAAUGUUUUGUUUAGAACUCACAGCAUUUGUUACCAAACAAUACUCUGCCCAUAGAUGCGUCACAUGAAUGGAGCGUGUUGGACAUCAGACUUCUAUGAUGUGACAAAUGUUAAUUUUUUUUUUUUUU